UGUUUUGAUAAUUUGCAUGAUCCCCGCUAUCAUUUCACAACAUUGAGUUCAUUUUUCAUUUUGGUGGUUGACUGAUGAUGUUUAUCAGUUUUUACAAAUUCAUGUCCGUGUUUGAUUGGGUAGGGUUGCUUUGACCUCACUUAUUGGUUCCUAAAAGAGCCCCAUGGUGAACCCAUCUUUUGCCGCACUUCUCCUUUUGAUCCUGUUAUAGAAGAUGUGGGUGAUAUUGAAGGCCUGGCUCUCUUAGCAGGCAGUUCAUCAAAUGAUGAUGAAAGUGAUAUACAGCAAGGUCCAUUUCUACAAUCUCCUAGAGAGGAUGCUGAGCGUCCAAAUGGUAUUUUUCAGAAGCCUUCAGGGACGAAAACUGUGGUGGAGAACAGUGAUCCAUCAAAGUUAGCCUUGAAAACUUUUGGGCAAGGUUUGCUCGACAUUCUGCAGUCUAUGGAUCGGACUCAGCAUGAAACAAUGUUGAAGGUGGCAGAGAACACUUUUGAUACUUUGCGCCAUCUCUCAAUUGACUAUGCAUCAUUUUCCAAGGCUGUGAGGGAGUACAUUCAAUGCAAAUCAAAACUGGCUGGAAUUGAGGAGUCCAUGGGCGGAGACUUUUCUCGAGAAGAAUUCCUUGACCAUUACAAUGAUAAGAAAACCCAGUUUGACAACAUCUCUCAGCGCCAUGUGGAGGCAGUAUCUGCUUAUGAAGCUUCUGAAAACCACCUCCAAUCACUUCGCGUAGAAGUUUCACAUGUCAAAAACAUGCUUCUUGAACUGGAGAAACAAUUGUCUUUCUGUGAGGCUGAGACUUUGAGGUGCAAGUCUUGUGUUACUGAAAUUUCUAACCUCAAGUCAGAAUCAGAGAGAAGCUUGGAUUCUGCAUGUGAGAAAAUGGAAGCUUGGAAACUUGAAGACGAGAUGGAUUCAAUGGUAUAUGCUGCAAAUGCAGGAUUAGAGAAUGCAAGGGCUCAGCUUCUUCAGUGACACCACGAAACUUUAGAUUUGUUUCUGCGGUAUCAAACAAUCUAAGUUACAAUGUUUGUAUGUGGAUGUAUGUACAUACUUGUAAGCGAAUCUAGCAACUUAAGGCAUGCUCCUCGCACUUGUAAACACUGAGACCUGUAUGGUAUGUUUAAUGUUACGAUACUUCAUCCUAAGUAGUCUAAUGUAGAUCAUGCUGCUUGUCUCUUGGAACUGACAGCUAAUGUUUUCGUUGUUUGAAAGAAGGAACAAAGUGCUGAUAACUACUGAUAGGAAAUUAAAACAAAACCAUCACUAUCAUAGCAACACGAGCAUCAACAUCAAAACUUCUGUAUUUUAUUUCAAUAUUGUCACUUCCCAAAAUCACCUGAAAAUUAAUAAAACCAUCACAAGCAAUCAAUGUAUGAUCUCCUUCAGUAUCCGACACCGCAUAGCUAAUAUGAUCUAUAACCAUAGCUGCUGGAUCCAACACCAAUUACACUAAAUUACACUACUACGUUUAACACUAAACAAAUGAUAAAAAAUACUCACAAUUAAUUAAUUAACAUAAAUCUCAGUGGCUAUUUCGCGAAUUAAAUCAGACAGGUUAGCAUCCGCUCCGAUAAUCAAAUCAUGACC